ACAAUGUAACACCAGCCGGUGUUGUGUUUCGUGGAUGAGCGGCGAUAAGCACUUGCUGAUCGUCAGCAACGGAUACCACUAUACAGCGCGUUACUGUUUGCUGGGUUUGUUGUUGCCGAUUUACAUGAGGAGCGGAGUUGUGCGACGAUAGCCAAUUUUAUUAAGGCCAUGGAAUAACCUGCUGCUGAUCAUCAAAAACGUCUUACAAGCAAUUUCUUGCAUAUCGUCUAUGGAUUUGUCAGAAUCUGUCAGAGUGAAAAACAUGGAGUUAAAUGCAAGACGGCGUUCAUCGGUACUCCGCAGCAAAAACGGUACGCGACACAUCCGAACUGAUGAGCCAAAAAUUGUGACAACAUUAACGGAAGAAAUAACCAUAGAAGAAGAAGAACCGCCGAAAAAGAACUGGUGGUUGGCGACCGUGGUGUUAUUACUAGAAGUGACUCUCGCCAUCUGCGAAGCACAGUUCACAUCCAUUGGAUUCACUAACCACAACUUCACAGCUCCCCACUUUUACACAGAAUGCCGGUUUAUAUCUCGUUCACUGGCGUUUCCCUUGGUGAUCGUUAUUGUAUUAGUUAUGAAUAUAUUUUCUACAAAAAAGAAAAACCUCCAACUGUUUUUCAGAAAAUGUGCAAGUAUCUCCGGUAAAGAGGGACUGACGGUGAAAAACUUUUUCAAAAAGUACACGCUGCCCACAUUAACUACGGCUGGAACCGGUGCGACGUACAUUGUAGCGCUGAUUUAUAUUCCGCCAACGGUCACGUCGGCCUGCUAUACAUCAUGUGUGGCGAUUUCCUAUGUGCUUUCUCUGGUGUUCCUAAAGCAAAAGCACUUCAUUUUUAAGAAGCUAUCGGGUUCUUACGCAUUACAUAUUAAAGAGCUAAAGCUUUACUCUUUCUGCAGACUUUAUUCGUGUGUUUGUCCUUUGCCGGAAUGGCCUUGGUGGCAUACUCCACAACAACCGGCGUCCAAAUUCGCAGUGAUGCGUAUGUAUAUCGGCGUUAUUGUCAUCAUCAUAUCCUGUUUUCUGUUGUCGUUUCAUCAAUUGUUUUACGUGAAAUCAUUUCCGGACGCUGAUCCCUACCAAGCAGCAUUCACCUGUACGAUCAUGUUUGCCACGGCCGCUCUGCUUUACUGGCCCGUUCCCCUGGCUCUACGUCUGCAGGAACAAGAAGUGUGGGAAUGGAGCACUGUACCGUGGCCAUACGUUUUCGGAGGAAUGUUUGCAUCUUUAGGUGUGGCUUUUCUAUAUGCGUUUUGUUUAGCCAUAUCCAGCCCAUUUUUUAUUUCGCUGGGCGAGCUACUGAAUCUAUGCGUUACCGGACUGGUGGAUUAUUUUCUACGUGAUAUACCAUUAUUCCCGCUGCAAAUAGUGGGCUCGGCGUUGAUCGGUGUGGCGUUUAUUGCAUUGUUAAUACCCGACCGGUUCAUAUCCCUGGAUUUGAAGCGCUUCAAAUAUGUGUCGAAGAAAACGUUGGUGACCCAUCCCCCAUUGCACACUACGGACUCCGUUGUGGCUAUUGUAGAACGGAGUGAAUCGCUGGCGUCGGUUGGGGAAGCGCAAACUUAAUAAUCUGAUAUCAACGUAUUACGGUUAUGUGAUACCGCGUGAUAACGUAGCCAAAAAUGCAAAUGCAGUUCUUUACUAAAUAAUUUUCCAAAUCCAUCGAGCGUGUUACUGUAUUACGAUAAUUUAAACAAUCUUUUAUAAGUGCUAUAUUAAUCACUUGCACGUUGGGUAAUAAAAAUGUGAUAUAAUUGUAAGGUGAACCGCAGU